AUGAGCAAAAUUGUUAACUUUUUCAAAGGACAUCCUACUGAGGAUUUAUUGCCGGCAAGGGAAAUUCUGCAGGCCUCGCAGAGUGUGCUGCAAAAAGUCAUUGGCGAGCCAAACGCUUGGGACGAUGUGAAUAGACAUCCACUCACUUACGGUGCGGACCCGGGAAAUCUGGACACAAGAAAGGUUGUUGCAGAAUGGAUCGACAGGCUUUUCUCUCACACCAUUCCAACGAAUCCAGAAUGCAUAAACAUGACUGCCGGUGCCAGUUACGGUAUCAUGAACAUACUUGCACAGACUACCUCUCCACAUAACGGAGUCACCAGACGGGCCUUCAUCACCUCCCCCACAUAUUUUCUCAUUAAUGGCACUUUCAUAGACAUGGGAUUCUCGGGAAAGCUGACUGCUAUCGAGGAAUAUUCCAGCGGCGAUAUUGACCUGGUUGGGUUGGAGAAACAAUUGAAGCACUAUGACUCCAUACAACCUGUUCCUACAACUGUCACUAAAGAUCAUAUAUCCCAAAUACAUGAUCCCAAGAGGGACCUGAAAAAAAUCUACAGAUACGUCGUGUACCUGACUCCAACAUACUCUAAUCCUAGAGGAGGAACCGUAUCUCUUGAGUGCAGAAAGAGGUUGAUCGAACUGGCCAGGAAGUAUGACAUGUUGAUCAUUUGUGAUGAUGUCUACGAUCUGUUAUCAUACGAAUCCGGUGCGAGAUUUUUGCCACGUUUUGUUCACCUUGACAGGGCUACAGCCGUCAAUGAAUAUGGAAACACGAUCUCCAACGGAAGCUUCUCCAAGCUGCUGGGUGCUGGCUUGAGGGUGGGCUGGCAGGAGACCGUUUCGCCAAAGAUGUCGUUGACACUAGCAUCAGGUGGUGCAAACAGAUCGGGCGGAACCCCAUCUCAGUUUAAUUCAAUCUUGGUGGAAGAACUGAUCAAAUCUGGUGCAAUUGACGAAAUUGUGAGGGAUCUGAUCAAGGUUUAUGCUGAAAGAGUGGAUGUCUUUAGAGAGAGUACUAGAGAGCAUCUUCCGGAAGGAACCCAGAUAGACGGUGGUCAAGGAGGCUACUUUUUAUGGGUUACUUUGCCAGAAGGCUACGAUAUGAAAGCCAUUGUCGCUGAAUGUAAGACAAGAGGUGUUAUUUUGGCAGGUGGUGAGAAUUUUGAGGUUGAGGGCGAUUCAAAGGACUGGGGUGACAGAUCGUGCAGAUGUUCGAUUAGUUACUUGACCAGUGAGCAGAUCAAGGCUGGAAUAGCGGUUUGGGGUGAGGUUUGCAAAAAAUUUCAGAGGUCAUGA